AUGUUCCGUGUCGAACGUUACUUUUCACAGGGCGGUAAUUCGGACCACCAGUCAGGCAACAUUUCACGAUGGAAACCACCCAACCACCCACACACUCACAAACACACGACACGUGUCAGGCAUUUCGAGUCAAACAUCUCGUCCAUCCGCGUCCAUCCAUCCCCCUUUCCCAAACAGAUCAAGAAGGAGAGUGUCAUAGCAGCCGUCUCUGUUCGGUUCGUGGACAUCAGAGCAAGUUACCUACAUAUAACUGCGACAGCUGCAGCCGCGUCCAAGUACAUCAAAAUGAAGGGGCGUUUGGAGCUCUGGAUUGCCAUAUUCGUGCUUGUCUUUAGUUUUCAAGGCCAGGCAGUUUUGGAUGAGGUAAUCUCCUUGGGUGGUGGACUAGACGAGCCGAAGAUUCUGCUGACAAACGGUGACACCACGCCAGUUCAAGUGCGCGAUGGCGACACCCUGCAGUCGCGCUGUUACCUGGAAAACGAGAACGACAUCGAAAAUUACCAAUUCACCUGGGUUUCCCGUAGCGACAGAACCGAUGAGGUUCUGUCCGAAAACCAGGACCUCUACCUGUCGGGGGUCACGUCAGACACCUUCCGGUAUCCCAUCUACUGCCUUGUCGAACGGCUGGACGAUGGCGAGGUCUUUGAAAAGCAAAUAGCCGUCAACUAUCAUGGCAGGGCUCAGCCAAGGACGCUCGAGAUCAGACCCAUGCCAUCGGAAGACAUGGCGACCGGAAUGGUGGUGAGGAGGUGCCAGGUUGUGCCAACGCCGCCUCCCCAUGAACAGUGGGAGUACACCUGGUCCGAACCCAGCGGGCGCAUUAUCACCUCAGACAGCAUCCUCUCCAUCAGGGUCACCGGAGAACAGCCGUCUGUGACGUACACCUGCGAAGCCAGAAACCCCCGCACUAACGACGUUCUCAUUGGUGAAUUUACCGUCCACGCAAGAAACAUCCCUACUAGCAGUCAACUAUUCCUGACCGUCACUGUUCGUAGUCUUAACAAAAUGGGUGAAGUUAGGUUUUCAGUGAGUAAUAUUCCCAUCUACCAUGGCACUGUGAUCCGGGAGGCUGGAAAGUGGAUAAGGGGUUCUUAA